ACAAAACAAUGCAAAUUUCCCCCAACCUCCCGCCCCGCGAUCCCUGUGUGUUCGGCGCCCCGCGGGCGUGCACUUUGUCACCUGGAGUGGAGCGGGGCAGAGCUGGCGGGACGGGACGGGGUGCUGCGCUCGGCGCCACACCCCUAGGAGCUCCCACCCCAGGCAGACCGCCCGCUUCUCCCUGAGAAUCUCAGCAGAAACUUUCCCCGCUGUCCCCCGCGCCACCGCGAGUUGCUCAGCCGACCGGCGGCGGGAGGGCGGCCGUCCUUUGCCCUGGAGACGCCCUUCGGGAAGCGUGCAGCCCUGCCCUCGGGGACCUCGGUCCAGCACGGGACCAGGCGGAAGAUCCCUACAGUACAGCCUGGCUUUCCUGGGCCGUCUGUGCGUCCUGGAGUUCCAUGGAAAAUGGAAGGCCUCCCGAUCCUGCAGACUGGGCUGUGAUGGACGUCGUCAAUUAUUUCCGAACAGCAGGAUUUGAGGAGCAAGCCAGUGCUUUUCAGGAACAGGAAAUUGAUGGAAAAUCCCUGCUCUUGAUGACGAGAAAUGACGUCCUGACAGGGCUGCAGUUGAAACUGGGCCCUGCUCUGAAAAUCUAUGAGUAUCAUGUAAAACCUCUUCAGACCAAGCAUUUAAAGAACAGCUCUUCCUAGUAAAGUGAAAUCGAGGUCUCAGUCCUCAGAACGGAA